AUUAACUUCUCCUCAGAAGCGAUUGCAGCGUUUAUUGCGAUGGUGGGAAUCCUGUCCAUCAUAGCACAGACGUUACUGUUAAGCGUCCUGAUGAAGAAGAUUGGGAAUAAAUGCACAGUGCUGCUUGGACUGGGGUUUCAGUUGUUCCAGCUGGCUUGGUACGGCUUCGGGUCUGAACCGUGGAUGAUGUGGGGGGCUGGUGCUGUGGCUGCUGUGUCCAGCAUCACCUUUCCAGCCGUGAGCGCGCUGGUGUCUCGCUGCACGGAUCGCGACCAGCAGGGAGCUGUUCAGGGCAUGAUCACAGGGAUCCGAGGUCUGUGUAACGGACUCGGCCCGGCUCUGUUCGGAUUCAUUUUCUUCCUCUUCAAUGUGGAGCUGAAGGAGCUGAGUCCCGUGGAGCCGAACCCCGUCACGCCGGACACUGAAGAGAAGCGUGUGAUUCCUGGCCCUCCCUUCCUCUUUGGCGCGUGUUCGGUUCUUCUGGCUCUGCUGGUGGCGGUUUUCAUUCCCGCUCAACACGCUCCAGCGCUGAAGACGGAGUCUGCGAGCGGCGUCACGGAGAACGGAUCGGUUCCUGUGAGCGACGAAGACAACGAGCCUCUUUUACAGGACAGCAGUUUAUAAGCCCAGGAGGAAACUCCUCUGGUUUGGGUUUUAUUCCAGCAGCGUGUCUGACAAAGCCUUUUACUGAAUGU